CCAUGUUUUGUUGAAUUAUCUGGAUUUAUCCCAUCAAGUAAAUAAUUUUCACUCCUAGCUUGACAACCCCUCUCUUUCACCUAUAUCCUGUAUGUAUACAUGUACAUGUAUGACAAUGCAUGUGUAAAAAACGUUUGUGACAAUGAAACCUUCAUAUGAGUAAUAACUACAGCUGACAUACUUAAGUAAUGUUAUGUUUAAGGAAACAGCUUGGUGCAGGAAAUAAAAAAGAUGUAAAAAAUAGGGUUAUGAAUUUGGAGUGAUCAGCUAUGGAAAAUGAAUUAACUAAGCGUGACCAUAUUGGUGUGCAGGAUUUUGUCUUACUUGAGGAUUAUGAACACCCUGAGGCCUUUGUAGAGAACUUGAAGAAAAGAUUUACAGAAAAUCUAAUUUAUACUUACAUAGGACCAGUCCUGGUAUCAGUUAACCCAUACCAUCAGUUAGACAUAUACAACGAUGAAAUUAUACAGACAUAUAGAAAUGUCAACUUCUAUGAGUUACCACCACACAUAUAUGCCAUUGCUGAUGCCGCCUUCAGAACUAUGCGAUCAGAGACCCGUGAUGUGUGUGUCCUGAUAUCUGGAGAAUCUGGUGCAGGAAAGACAGAAGCUUCUAAGAAGAUUUUACAUUAUAUAGCAGCUAGCAGUGUUCACUCAAAAGAUCUAGAGAGAGUUAAAGAACGUCUUCUGCAGUCUACACCUCUAUUAGAGGCUUUUGGAAAUGCUAAGACAAACAGAAAUGACAAUUCCAGUAGAUUUGGGAAGUACAUGGACAUACAGUUUGAUUUUAAGGGAGGUCCGGUAGGUGGACAUAUUUUGAACUACCUGUUGGAGAAGUCCAGAGUUGUGCAUCAUUCAGAAGGGGAGAGGAAUUUCCACAUCUUCUAUCAGCUGGUCCAGGGAGCCACACCCAUGUUACUGAGUAAACUAAAGAUUCAAAAAGAUCCUGAAUUGUACCAUUACUUAAAACAGGGAAACAGUACAAAAGUAGAUUCCUUGAAUGACCACAAAGAUUUUCAUGCCAUGAAAGAAGCCAUGGAAGUUUGUGAUUUCUCCAAACAAGAUCAAGAUGCUGUGUUUUCCAUAGUUGGAUCAGUCUUACACUUGGGUAAUGUAAAGUUUGAGGACAAGAAAGAUGGAGAAGCAUAUAUCUGUGAUCAAGCUCCAGUUGAAAUCAUAUCACAGUUACUGGGAUGUCCGGAAGAGAUAUUAGUGUCUGCCUUACAAAACAAAACUAUUGAAGCUAUGGGAGAAAAGAUGAAAUCGUCAUUAACCAAAGAACAAGCAUUAUAUGCCAGAGAUGCCUUAGCCAAAGGAGUGUAUGACAGACUGUUUACGUGGAUUGUCCAGAAAAUUAACGAAUCAUUGAGCAGUAGGAGAAGAUCUAAAUGUAAUCUGAUGGGAUUGUUAGAUAUUUAUGGAUUUGAAAUAGUUGGAGUUAACAGUUUUGAACAAUUUUGUAUUAACUUCUGUAAUGAGAAACUACAACAGCUAUUUAUAGAACUGACAUUAAAAUCAGAACAAGAAGAGUACCAGAGAGAAGGAAUUGAGUGGGAACCAGUAGAAUAUUUUAAUAACAAGAUAAUAUGUGAUCUGGUGGAAGGUAAACCCAUUGGUAUUAUCACAUUACUGGAUGAGGAAUGUUUAAGACCAGGUGAUACUACUGAUAUAACAUUCCUAGACAAAUUGUCAGAGACUAUUGGGACACACCCACAUUUCCUGUGCCAUGCAAGAGCAGAUAACUCUACCAGAAAGACCAUUGCAAGAGAUGAGUUUAGACUGAUCCAUUAUGCUGGUGAAGUAACAUACAAUGUAAAAGGUUUUCUCGAUAAGAACAAUGAUCUGUUGUUUAGAGAUCUGAAGGAGGCUAUGAGUGAGACGACCAAUCCUAUCCUGUCCAAAUGUUUCCCUAAAUCAGAAUUGUACAACAAGAAGAGACCAGAUACUGCUGGGACCCAGUUUAAAAAUAGUUUGUCACAGUUGAUGGUUAUAUUGAUGUCAAAAGAACCUUCAUAUGUCAGAUGUAUAAAACCUAAUGACUUUAAAAUGAGAGGUGUUUUUGAUGAGAGAAUCGUAAAUCAUCAGGUGAAAUAUUUAGGUCUGAUGGAGAAUCUGAGAGUAAGGAGAGCUGGCUUUGCUUACAGGAGACCAUAUGAAGUGUUUCUCAAGAGGUACAAAUGUUUAUGUCCAGAAACAUGGCCUCACUACAGAGGUGCACCAAAGGAUGGUGUAGAGAUAUUGGUACGACAUUUAGACUAUGACCCUGAGGAGUUCAGACUUGGCAAGACAAAGUUGUUUAUAAGAUUUCCCAGAGUACUGUUUGCCACAGAAGAUGCCUUCCAACACAGAAAACAUGAUUUAGCGACAGCUGUGCAGGCACAGUACAGAGGGUUUGCACAGAAGAAGAAAUACAAAACAUUAAAAUUUUCAACCAUAAUAUUGCAGAGUUACUGGAGGAGAUAUAAAGCCAAGAAACUGAUGGAGAAAAGAAAACAUGCUGCACAAGUCAUACGAAAAUUUAUCAAUGGAUAUAUACACAGAAAGGAAGAAGAAUGUGAUGAGAACAGAGAAUUUAUACGGUUCACCAAACACAACUAUCUUUAUAAAAUACAACGGAAUCUACCAAAAACUGUUCUAGACAAAAGUUGGCCGUCUGCACCAUCAAUGUUACAAGAGGCGUCAUCAUUACUGAGAAAAUUGUGUAUGAAAAACCUCAUUUUGAAAUAUAUGAAGAAGGUCACACCUGAAUUUAAAUCAAAGAUGGAUGAGAAAGUGGAAGCAGAAUCUCUAUUUAAAGGAAAGAAAUCUUUGUAUGGUGACAGUGUAAAAAAUAUGUUUGUAGACAGCAGAUUAGAGGAACAUCAUGAAAGAUUGAUCUCAUCAGUGUUUGAUUCCAAGGUCAAGUCCAUGGAAGAGAAGGUCAAGUACUCUUCUGUAGUAACAAAGUUUGAUCGUCAUGGUUACAAACCCAGAAAAAGGCUGAUGAUAUUAACAGACGAACAUCUAUAUUUAGUAACAGAUAAAGACUGUGCACUAAAAGACAAAAUACCUUAUGAUCAGAUUACAGGUAUACUAUCCAGUUGCCAUGGUGAUGGAUUAUUUAUUGUUACUGUUAAGCCUGAUGAAAAUGGAGUCAAGGGUGAUUUGAUAUUGAGAAGUGAGGAAGUUAUUGAGGUUAUAACAAAGCUUGCCUUGAUAGGAAAGAAAUCAGACGUAGUACAGGUCAUCAGUGAUCACAGCAUUAGCCAUGGACUUUCUGGAGGUAAAGCAGGAACUAUAGACUUUGUGAAAGGUCCAGUAGAUAGUAUGAAGAAAGGCAAGAAUGGACAUUUUUGUGUGAUUGUAGCACAUUAAUAGGAAGAAAUAAUAUGUAAACAAAUUUUAAAGACCUUAAUCAUAAGAAUUCCAUGGAUAAUUUCCUGACCAACAGCAUCAUGAAGAUUUAUAUUGUUCUUUAUUCUAGUCCAACAUUGGUGUAAUACAAGAAAUUCAUUUGUUUUUGUUCAAUCAAACUAUUGAUAGAAAUCAAAUAUUGUAAAAGUAAUCCAUCUUUUCUUUCAAACCACUGACAUUUCUUCUUUUAUGAGUAAACAAUCUUGGAUACCAGAUUUUUAGCAUGUCAAAUUAUAAACACUCAUAAAUAUGAGUUUGAAGGAGAUCGUGUGAAGAAAUUAUAAAUAAGUCUAUUACAAUACAAAGUUUUUGUGACUAUAUUAUAAUUUUUUGAUUUGAAGAAUUUCAUAAACCAUGAAUGGCUGAUUCCAAGUAAAUUGAAGUCCCUCAAUGGUUAAUGAUAUAAAAUUCCAUAAGUAUUUAAGGUUUGGGAAAUUUUGGUUAUUUUAUACAACUAUAAAUCAUUUUAAGUAGCAAAAUCAAAUCUUGUAAUUUUGUCCAUUAAACUAGUCUAGGAAUUUCAUUUUCACAACAUUAAAUGGAUGGAUAUUUUAAGAGGGAAGACAUUACUAUGCCAUUCUUUAUUUAUGAUAUUGGGAAAAGAAAUACUUGUGCAGCACGUCUUUUUUUUGCAUCAUUGAGGUUUAAUCCUUAUUCAUUGCAUUUUCAUAUGUAAAAUGAUAUAAUGUAUAGAUUUCGUAAGCAAGUUUUUCGUCGAUGAACUCUUGGAGCAAAAAUAUGACAACUACUGCCAAUAUUUCUAAGUUAAAAGCAUUUUUGUGCUUGUUGAUCUUUAUUUGCCACUGAAUUCACACAUUUAAAAUCCACUUUAUUGUGUUCAUGAAGAUAUAGGGCGUGUUGAUCUACUUAAUGAAAAAUAAAAUGGAAAAUGUUAUCAAUUUCAAUUACAUUUGACCUGCUUCCUCAAUUUUUGUAUUUCUCAAAUUGUUUAAAAAAAAUUAUGUUGUGGAUUUCUCCAUUAUUUUUUUAAGAUUUCAAAAUUGUUUUCAAUAAUUACUCUGUAGUUUAUAACUGAUGACAUACAUUUUUAAGUCAAUCAUCCACUUAUUUGCUAGGUUUCAUAUUUGAAUUGGUGCAUUAAAAUGUCUACAACAUAUGGUGCAAUUAACUGUUAUGCUGCUAUAAGUAAAAUGUAUAUUUUUAUGAAAACAUGAUGUUCAUUUACAAUAAAGAUCUCAGCAAGAAGCUGAACAUAAAGAAUAAAAUGACGAUCAUAUUGAACCUUCCACUGAACACACAGAUAUUUUCUUAAAAUCUUUAAGAUAGAAAACUAUCUUUUUACCAACACUGUUUUUGAUAUGUCAUAUGGUAAAAGGUUUGGCAGGUCUUUUCUUAUAAAAUCUUCAGAGAAAAAUUAAUAGUAUGUUAUACACAUUUCAGUAUAAUUUACGCUAUAUUUUAAUCAUAAGAGUUUUGUGAAAAGUUGCAGGUUAACUUCUGGAACGAUAUCUAGAUGAUGGAUUUAGCUCCUAUUUUACAGCUUACGAGGGCGGUGUUCAAUAUCAUAGUUGCUACGUAGUGCUAUGUAAAAUUUAACUAUUGAAUGUGAAGCUAUAGACUAGCUGCUACAUAUAUAUUGAUAUCUGCUACGUAGCUACUACGAUUUUGAACUCAACCCAGAUAUUGUUAGGAGACUGCAUAUAAUUUCCCACAGAAGAAGGGCUAAUUUUUCCCCUGUGUUUGUUUCAAUCAUAAGGUCAAAUUCUAAAAGCUAUUUUGAAAAUUUCUCCUGGAAAUUUGACCUACCGCAUUCAGAAAUAAUUACCAAAAGCCUAUUCUCUUGACUUGGAAGUAAUGUUUUAAUUUGAAAAAAAGAAAAGAAAAAAAAACAAUUAUAAGAGGAAGACUGCACUCUGCUGGUUUCAGUAGUCUUCAACUACCUUAUAGGGAGUUUUUUCGUGGGUGUAAAUUUUCUAUUUAAUUGACAGAAUUUAUAUUGACAAUUUUGUACAGUCCGUGAAAAUUCACACCCUGUGAAAAUAACCUGCUAUACGGUAAUUCUUUGACCACAUAAUGUCACAGAUUUAUAUAAACUAUCUUGAUCUAUCUAUCCUGUCAAAAGGGCAGAUAUGAAUAUUUAUUUGUUUGUUUUUAAAGUGCUUUAUAUUUAUAUUUGUUAUGUAAUGUACUCUUGUGAAGUAUGUACAACUUGAUAUAUAAUCUGUUUUCAAUGUUCUUUGUGGCAUUUGUAUGAAUUGUUUGAUCUCACAGAAUAUUAUGUAUAUUUUGUGAUGAAUGUAUUUUGUGGUGUCUAUAAAAAUAAACAAUAAGAAAAAUUUGAUGUAUAUUCUGUGAUCCUUCCCAAAAUGUGAUUCUCAAUUUAAAACGAAUUUUUAGUAUGUGAUCUGUGAUUUCAUUGUGGUGCUUUGUAUAUUUAUAUUGUGUUGUAAAUUAUGAAUAUAUAUUUACAAAUAUAUUAAUUUAUUAAAUCUAAAACAUA